GUUUUCAUUUUUCAGAAGUAUGGCUUCUUCGCCAAGGAAAAGAAUAGCCAUAGUAGGUGGUGGUUUCUGUGGUAUUACGCAAAUCAUCAUGCUGAAAGAGGAAAAUUUAGAGCCUUACUGCUUUGAGAAAACAGACAAACCAUUUGGCACAUGGAAUUAUCGAGAAGAAUCCACAGUAGGAGUUCCUUCACUUAUGCCAAGCACAAUCAUUAACCAUAGCAAAGAGUAUGGAGCUUAUAGCAAUUUUCCUCCAGAUAAAGAAUUACCUAACUAUAUGAAACACAAGCAAAUUUUGAACUAUUUUAUGAGUUACGCUAAUAAAAAUGAUGCUUUAAAGCAUAUCCAAUAUAAUUCGGAAGUAUUGGAGGUAAAGAGGGCUACUGAUUAUGAAGAAACUGGCAGGUGGAACGUGAGUGUGAAAAAUACUAUAUCAGGGAAAGUGACAUCGGAUAUCUACGAUGGAGUGGUCAUUAGUGUAGGACACAUCAAUAUUCCUAACUGGCCCUCAUACGAAGGUCAAAACUUGUUUAAAGGGAAAAUAAUUCACACCCACAGUCUAAAAGGUGUUGCAGAGUAUGCAAACAAAAAUGUAGUAGCUGUAGGAAUGGGUUGUUCGGCUUUAGAUGCUGCAGUUGAAACUAGCAAUGUAGCUAAUCAAGUAAGUGAAAAGAAUUUUAGAAUGCCUUUGUCAAUUUAUGAUUAUUAUCGAAUUAUGAUGUAUUCUUAGGUCAAAUAUUUUUAU